GGAGUCACCAGCUGAAUGUCAGCUAGCUCCAGACCCUCUUGUGUUACAGAAUCUUUCUGAUCAUGCUGCUCGUUCAGCACACAAUGACCAUGCUAUCCAGACUGGAUCAGUAGCCUGUCAUAGUCCAACUAUACCUUCACAGAAUACACUUGAAAAAAACAGUCGCCGCUGACCAUCUAAUGAAAUAUAAUGCUAAAGAACAAGCCCAUGGUCUGGAAUCUCCUAUGGAAGUGACAAGAGAAGGCAGUUUGUCUGAUGCCACCAGCAGGAAUGGGCAGCAGGCGGUUCUAGAUGUACCAUUGCCUUCAGAACAGCUGGAUCCAAACCAAAUGAAUGAGUUUCCUUUGGAUCUUCAGACAUACAAAGAACCAGUGAGUGAACAAUGUCUGGAUAAACGGAAUGAACCAACUGAGCCAGAACAUCCUUGUAAUGUCAGUGCCCUUGAGUUACCUGCUGUGGGGGAGCAAGGCCUUAUAAACAUCCAUCCAGAAUCACCCAUUGACUCUCUUACUGAGAGAAGAGAAAGUGGGCUGGAGAAUAUAGAGCUUUUGUGUGGGAAAGAAAAUAUCCCAGUGUCCGCAUCCUGUGGCUGUUCACAUACAGAAACCUUCAUGGAAACAGAUGUAGCUGAGCAGUCUGUCGUCACAGUGCAUAGCUUGUCAUGCAAACAGAACGCUCAAGCGAAGAAUAUUGGUGGAUCUGUUCUGAACUUAGAUUGUUCUUUGAUGCAGAUGGAGUCAUCAAAGCAUGACCCCUCUGUGUCUGUAUUUUCAAGUAACCCGGUUUCCACUAGUGAUUUACUGCAGCCUGACACCAAUGUUGAAAUGACUGCAAUAUGUACUGAGUUACAUAAUUUAUCAGCCGAAAAUAGCUCUUCCUCCUCUGACAUUCAUCAGCUGAACGGUGAUACAGCAGCAUCCACUGAAGAGCCAAGUUUAUCUUUAACAGCAGCGUUGAAGGAGCUUCAUGAACUUUUGGUUAUAAAUAGUAAAGGAGAUUCUGUCAUUUUUAUGUCUGAAGAAGACACAGGACAGCCAGAAACUGUUCUUGAAGAGCAAAUGGAAUGCAAGGAGCUUUCUGAUGAUGAUCAUGAAAGUGUGGAUCCAGAGAGUGGGGAUCUAAAUAGUUCCUUUCAUAUGGUGAUGCCUGAACAUGUGAACCCUGAGGGGCUAGCAGGGGCACUAUCUUAUGCUAUGGGAAUAGAAAAUGCUAGCAUCAAGAUUUUAACUAGCAGCCAGUUAACUGUUGAAAAAGAUGCUCUCGAGAUACAGAAGUCAUCAAGUAAGAGUAAUUCUGUCAUUCUGAGCUCAGUUGCAACAUUUGAUCAACUACAGAGUACUGAGCAGGCAGAAAUUUUACCUGAAUGUUUAGUAAAUGACCAAGUUCCAGCCAGUCAGUCUUUAGAGCUGAAUAGAUCACGUUCACCUGAGCUCACGGUGGAGGAUGAUGUUCCUCAGGAUGCUCAGAGCCUGUUAACAGCAGUGUCUGAAAGAACUGACAGUUCCUCAAAUCCUGAAGAUCCAAGGCCACCAUGUGGACUUGUUGAGCCAUUGCUCUGCCCACCAAUCAGCAAUCUGGAAGUGCACUCCAGAGCUCCUCUGCUGCCUGUUUUCCCUGCGGCAGACAUUAACCAGAUUCUGUGCGCUGGCUUUACCAUGCGGGAAGCUCUUGAAGCUUUGGAGCAAGCUGGCGGAAAUGCAAACCUUGCUCUUCUCUUUUUAUUAGCCAAGAAUAUUGUAGUUCCUACGUGACCAUGGAAAAGAUGGCCUGGCUGCUCCAUCCUCCUUUUAAAGAACGUAUCUAAAUUAUAUAGAAUAACCUGCAAGCCGAAUGUUGUCAGAUUUUUAAAAAAAAAUUAUUUUCAGCCAAAGUAAUUUAUGAUCUCUUCUGUGUGUCAUGCGUUAAAUUUGGGCCUUUUAAAAGAAAAGUCUUGGCAUUGUGUAAACACAUUAGCUUUGAAUUUUCCUUGAGAUGGUGCAUACUGGAAUAAAAUUGUUUUUAUUUAAUUGUAUGAUUUUAGAAUGAGCUCCAAUAUUGUGAAUUAAAAAGCAGAAGCCAUUGAGAAAACC